GAGUCUUUAGUUUUUCUUUCAAAAAGUUCAGAUCAUUUGUACAUUUUGGAAACAAGCAGCACAUAUAAACACUUAACAACUGACAUGAAUGUCUGUAAAAUAUGUGUCUGUUUCUUCUUUCUGUUGCAGAGCCCAACACGAGAGGAGGAGACAGUUGCAGAAGACAUUGGAAUUCAUCAACUGGAGCGCUUAGUGGAGCAGCUGACCUCCAAAGAGUGUGAGGACCUCCUGCUUGCCCUGUCUCGCCCAGAGGAGGACAUUUUUCGACACAUUGACCGUCUCUCACCAGAAAAUAAUCAGCUGGAUCUUAAAUUUCGAGCCAAGAGAGACACCUCCUCUGCUGCAGCAGAUCAAAAGAGUCAAUGCAGAACAGCCUUGACAGAUUGGCUGCUGGUGUUCGGGCAAAACAUUUACUACAACAGGCUUUCUCGUGCCUUGCAGCACAUCGGCAGAACGGAUAUUGCCCUAGAGGUGGGGAAGAACAUCAACCAGGAUAAAACCUUAAGGUUAAAGCGCUACGUUGAGGACUACCAGAAACAUGUCAACUCCCUAGGCGUCCAGUUCAUGAAAGCAGAUGCAAACAAGCACCAGCUUCCUCAUCAGAGAGUCCGAAAAAUUAAGCUUGGGGAUCUGACGUGGCGUGACCUGGAUCUGAUUGUGAAAAGAGCUCCUGUCCCACCGUACCCUAGGGGCCCUCUGGAUGUAGCCCUGCCUCUUUUGUAUGGCAUCCUGCUUUGCUCUGUUUCAUGUGCAACUUUACUCCUCAUCAUCGUGCUUGUUUCCAAAGGAUCAAGUUGACUUUAGGAUGUUUUCAGGAUGUCAAGAGCAUGAAUGUGUGACAAGACAUUAGAUUUACAAGAAUGCACAACUGAAUGAAAAUAAAUAUUCACAGAUG